UUUUAUAAAAGGAAACAAAAUCAAGUCUGACACACAAACUUAAAACCUCCAAUAAACCCUUGAUAUUCCAUAAACAAUUGUUGAUUGAAAAACUCACAAUCCCAUGCUCAAUGGCGGCCAGAAACAGAAAGCUUCUCCUUCAUCAAAAAGUUGAGGUGAGGAGCUUUGAGGAUGGGGGUUUUGGUUCGUGGCAUCCUGGUAAGGUGAUCGGCUGCAAGGAAUUGGUUCGUGUAGUGGAGUAUGAUCACCUUUUGUGUGUUGAUGGCCCUGCUAAGCUGGUUGAAGAAGUAAAAGUGACCCCUGCAAUUGAUGGGUUUCUUGAUGAAGAGAUUCAGAGACCUGGUGAGUAUAGGGGCUUGAUUAGGCCUUGUCCAGAAACACCGACUUUGGGUCUUGUGGGGGCACGGACUCUGCAAUAUGGAGCAUGUGUUGACUUGUUUCAUGGCGACGCCUGGUGGGAAGGUGUGGUGUUUGACAACAAAGAAGGGUGUGAGAGAAGAAGAAUUUUCUUUCCUGACUUGGGUGAUGAAGUCGAGGGCAAGGUUGAUGAUCUGCGUUUUAGUAAGGAUUGGGAUGAGGUCACAGAGAAAUGGAGACUUCGUGGGAACUGGUUGUUUCUUGAAUUAUUAGAGGAAUAUGAGCAAGAGUACCCUCGCCUUGUCUCUGUGCAGCAAAUCUGGUAUGAGGUGAGGACGAAGGAUGACUUUAAAAACCUUGGGGAGUGGACUUCCUCUAAACGGGAUGUAUGGAAACAAUUAUUGUCUCAGGUGCUCUAUGACAAUAUAAAGCAUGCUGUUGAGAAUCUCUUUAUGAACUUGCCCUGUAAAUCUGCGAAAAAACAAGGACAAACAUCAUUGAAAUUUCUGGAAAAAGAUUUUGAAUCUAUUCUAAAAUCCGAAGAACCUUUUCGUAGUUCUCUUGCAGCUACUGCACCCUUUGAAGAUCUCCAGUCUAAUGAUGAAGGAAUUCCGCAAACUGAUGUAAAUCUUGGAAGCAAUAAUCAGGUUCAGAUUGAGGACGAUCAAGUUCGCGUCUCAGUUAGCCCCACGGACGAACAAGUUUUGUCUCCUGAUCCAGAUGCAGAUUCUGGGAAUGGUUCAAGUAGUUAUGAUGAAUCUCAUAGUUUGAAAUUGAGACAAGGGAGACGUAAAAGUUCAACCAAGAUCAGAAGACUUAACUGGCAGUCUGCUGUACCUCAAUUGAUUCCGGGGCCUCAGCAAUGCCCUGAUGCAAUUGAUUCCUAUAAGGAGUAUUUGUCUGGAAAAGGUACUGCUCCAAAAGGUACUGCUCCUAAUGGGCUCUCAUUAGAUGUUAGCAAACAUCUACUGUAUCUGGGCUGGAAAAUUGAGUUUAGACGUACAUGUAUGGGAAAUUCGAAUAGGAAAUGCUAUAUUUCCCCCAAUGGGAAAACUUUUCAUUCACUUCCUGAGGUUUUCAAGAAGUUCCACAGUGACUUUGAGUUGGAACCCACAUCGCACGUUACUAUGCACCCAAACUACAAAAUUGCAAGCUACAUGAGUUCAUAUGAAGAAACACCCUCACCUCCUGGGAAAUCCCAAGCUUCCAGAAACUUGUUCAAAUUGCCGUGCAUUACUGAUGAGAAGUUUGAAAUAGAAUCUAAAUAUUGUCCCAAAGCAGUGCGGGAUUAUUGCUCAUUAGCUUCAAAGUCUGCAGAAGGCAAAUUGAAAGGCAUGGAAGCAAGGAAACACUUGUCUGCACUUGGAUGGUCUUUUUAUCACCACAAUAAAGGACCAUACGGCUGGGAAAUACGUUAUAGGUCACCUACUGGAAAAAUGUUUUACUCUCUUCUUUCAGCCUGUAGAUGGUGUGUAAAAGCUGGUGCACUUACUUCCACUGACCCCUCUCGUGCCAUGGGAAGAGUCAUAAAUAGAGAUUUCAUCAACAAUUAUGAUGGCGAUUUAUCGACAAGUAAAUCACAUCUUCCGCGAAUGGCGGAUGAUUCCACUGUAAGUACGCAGUUAAAUGACAUGCCAAUGUCUGAGGGGUUUGUUCGGUCAAUCAAAUGUGAAGCUCAUAAAACCAGAAUGUCGAGGAAGAAGAGGAGAAAGCUCGAAUCAGAUUGUCUUGAAGUUUCACUUGCAUCACCCAAGAGAGGAAGGAAAUCUAAUGCAUCAAUGAGUCUGAGAGGAGAUUUAAAUGCUGAUUCUUUAACCCCAGUGAGGCAAUCUAGUAAAAGGGUAAGCGAGGAGGCUGCUUCUUCCUCUCAUCAGACACCUCGAACUAUCUUGUCUUGGUUGAUUGACAAUAAUGUGGUUUUACCAAGAGCAAAAGUUCACUACUGCAGUAGCAAAAAUGGUCCUCGAAUUGCAGAAGGACGAAUAUCUCGCGAAGGGAUCAAAUGUAGUUGCUGCGGGGGAAUUUUCACACUUAGUAACUUUGAAGCACAUGUUGGCAGUUCUGAUCGUAGACCUUCCGCAAAUAUAUAUUUGGAGGAUGGUAUGUCUUUGCUUGAGUGCCAGUUGCAACUGAAACUACGUUAUAUCAGUCGAAAUUCAAGGUUAGAACGUCAACCGAAGGCUGCCCAACAUCAUAGAAAAAGUGACGACAUAUGUUCUGUCUGUCACUACGGAGGUGAUUUACUUUUGUGUGACCUGUGUCCAUCCUCGUUUCAUACUCAGUGCGUUGGUUUAAAGGAGGUUCCGGAGGGUGAUUGGUUCUGCCCGUCCUGCUGUUGUCAGAUUUGCAACAAGAGCAGAUCUGAUUCAGGAAAUAAACUAGCCAAAGACACUUCGUUUUUGACCUGUUGUCAGUGUGAGCGACGAUAUCACGCUGAAUGCCUCACAAAUGAAGGAGAUACACAAUGUCGUUCAAAAGGUGACUUGUUCUGCCAAGAUACAUGUCGACAGAUAUUUGAUGGUCUGAACGGGAUUCUGGGGAAAAAGAUUCCUGUGGGAACUGAAAAUAUGACUUGGACUUUAGUGAAGUACAUGGAAUCAAAUAUUUCUAAGAAUGUUGCAACAUAUGAUGAUGAGAGUUCGGUGGAGAAUUACAGCAAGCUUAAUGUGGCCCUCAGCGUGAUGCAUGAAUGUUUUGAACCUGUCAAAGAGCCUAGGACCAGGAGGGAUCUAAUGGAAGACAUUAUCUUUAAUCGAAGGUCAGAUCUCAACCGUUUGAACUUUCAAGGAUUUUAUACAGUAAUAUUGGAAAAGAAUGACGAAUUGAUCUCAGCCGCUUCCGUGAGGAUAUAUGGCAAAACAGUUGCAGAAGUCCCUCUGGUCGCCACACGGUUUCAAUAUCGUCGACUUGGGAUGUGUAGAAUUCUGAUGAAUGAACUUGAGAAGCAACUCGCACAAUUGGGAGUCGAGAGGCUUCUUUUGCCUGCUGUUCCUAGUGUUUUGAACACUUGGAUCUCUUCAUUUGGGUUCUCCAUGAUGGAUGAAUCAGAGAGAUUAAAUUUUCUGGUCUAUACUUUCCUCGACUUCCAGGGUACGAUAUUUUGCCAGAAAAUGUUGAAGAGUGAUCUACCUGCAGAAAACCAAACAACUGGUUGUGACCAUGUAGAUAACAAUGCCGACAUUGGGGUUGGUGGAAUCAGCCCUGUAUCUGAAGUUCUGGAAGGGAAACAAGUAGUGGAGACUGACAUCAUGGAGCAGGAAUCGGCAUGCAACAAAACAAUGGCCUACAAUGGCAAUGCCGGUUGCUCCUCUGCUGAAAAAGCCAUUGCGGUGGUGAAUCAACCAACUGCCCUGGACUACUCGUCUCUCCAACCCGCCCUUGGUUAUCCUCUACUAGCCACGAGCAAUGGGAGACAAUCUGGAAGCACCAAGGUCAUCUUAAAAUACUACAAGCGAAAGAAGAUAUCCGCUUGCUGAGGGUGGUAGUCUCCUUAUUAACAUAUCAGACCUUCCUGUAGUACUAUCAAGCUACUCAUGAACCUCUCAACUUUGGAAGUGAGCUGGAAGGAAGAUGACGUAACUGAAAAUACACCGACAUGGCCCAUGAUCGUCUUUUUGUACAGAUUACGCUACUAGCUAAUCACAUCUAACAUUCUGCUGAGUUUUCAAUGUCUCCAGCAGAGUUUUUGAAACUAUCCCUGGGUGCUUUUGCAUUAUUAUAUAUAUCAUUCACAGUUUUCUCUUGUUUUCGACUAAUGUUUUUGCUCCUUUUAUCCUCAGGUUCCUCUUUGUAUUUAUCAUUCCAGCAGCUAAGGAUAUAUUAUGUGGACCUUUAUCCACAUAUUGAGGCCACAUGGAGAUCGGAUGCUAAAUUGGCUGCUAUCAUUGAAGAACUGAAACAGAAUCACUAAGUCUAAAUUUACUUGGCUUGGUAAUCAACUUCUUAGAAAAGAAAGGUUGGUAAUUGGGAAUGAUGAAGGCAUGAGAAGACAAAUUAUUAAGGCUUUCCACUGUUCAAGUAAAGGAGGAUAUUCUGGGGUUCUAGCUACUUACAAGAGGUUGUACUCACUUUUUUAUUGGACUAAGAUGGAGAAAUCACCAGAGAGUGUGAUGUUUGUCGGAGGAAUAGAUACGAUCACAGUGUAUGUAUGAGGGUUAGCCCUUACCUAUACACGAGGGAGCUUGGUCACAGGUGAGUCAAGACUUAAUUGAAGAAAUGCCAUUGUCUUAUGGGAUAUUGAUAAGGCUCAUUUCUUGCAUUGACUUUUGGGUGUUUUCACAUACUUUUGGGGAGAUAAUGCAUGAAAUUUGAGUUUAAGUUGCAGUUGCUACUGGAUCAGUUAAAUGGUGCAACUUGACCAAGCAGAAUGAAAACGAGGCAAAUUGAAUUGAAAAUGCAGAAAAGCUGAAGAAUCCAAACUCACUAACUGAGAGAUGUGCAGCUCCAGUCACUGUUGGCUGAGCCAACAGAUUAUACAAGCUAUUUCUCCUUUUAGCUUCCAUGAUCACUCUUGAAUCCUUUGUGACUGUUAACAUUCCAUCACCUGAAUCAAAUUUAUAUCCCUUUGAUUCCAGCAUUCCAAUGGAUAUCAGA